GACCACUCGGAUUGGCUCAUCAUUAUGCAUCCUCUCUCUCUCUCUCUGUUUCUCUCCCUCUCCCCAGCCACAGCCAGCCAGCCGUCAUCAUCAUCUCCGGCCGCCGCUCUGUACUGUACUGUUCAAAGAGAGAGGUUGAGAUGGGGAUGAGGGCGCUCGUCUCGGGCCAGCCGGCGCUGCUAUGCCCGAGGCCAUCGUCCCUGAGCAGCAGGGCUAGGAGAGCACCGGGCGCCGCUUCUGCCUCCGCAUCCGCAUCCCCUUCUUCUUCCUCCUCCUCCCCAUGGCCAUCCCUAUCCAGGCUGGGAACCACCAUCCCCAAGCACGCCGAGCGCCUGCUUCCUCUUCCUGGGCUCGAUUUCAGAAGGCGGCGCACCGUUCCCCCUAGGCUCCACGCGCUGCCUCUGCCUCAGCCUCAGCCUCUGCCUCAGGAUGAUGCUCUUGAAAAGGAGGAGGAGGAGGAGGAGGACAAUGCUCUCUUGCUCAGCGGCAGCCUUUAUCCUGGGACUGUUAGCAUUGAGCUCAUUCUUCUAGCCCUGCCUGCAGUCUUAGGCCAGGCCAUCGACCCCAUGGCGCAACUCAUGGAGACCGCGUAUAUCGGCAAAUUAGGGGCUCUGGAGCUAGCGUCUGCUGGUAUUGGUGUCGCUAUUUUCAACAUCCUAUCCAAGAUUUUCAACAUCCCCUUGUUGAGGAUAGCAACCUCAUUUGUGGCUGAGGAUAUUUCCAAGAAUGCUAGCAAGCAUUAUACUUCAGGCAAACUGGAGAUGCCAUCUGUGUCUUCUGCUUUGGUUUUAGCUGCUGCUAUUGGUACAAUUGAAGCAUUGGCAUUGUUCCUCGGAUCAGGAUUGUUUCUUAAACUAAUGGGCGUCUCACCUGUCUCUCCGAUGUAUGCUUCUGCGCGGCUCUUUCUUUCGCUGAGAGCCUUAGGAGCACCUGCAAAUGUGAUUAUGUUAGCAGUACAGGGUAUCUUUCGCGGAUUCAAGGAUACCAAGACUCCCGUACUUUUUAUAGGUUUGGGGAAUCUUUCAGCUGUGGUCCUUCUUCCUCUACUUAUAUAUGGUUUUAAGCUUGGUAUAACAGGAGCCGCAAUUUCUACAAUCGCAUCCCAGUACAUUAUUGCCAUUUUGCUUAUGUGGUCUCUAAGUAAAAGAGCUGUUCUGCUUCCUCCAAAGAUGGACCAGUUAGAGUUCGGUGGAUAUUUAAAAUCUGGUGAAUCUAUGAUCCUACUUGUUCAUUGGUCAGUUGUGGACUCAUGGUGUAGGCUACUGAAAAAGUUCUUCAGAUAUGUUUCUGUUGGCCUUCAGAGUGGCAUGCUAUUGGGAAGAACCCUCUCAAUUCUGUUAACUAUGACCAUUGGUACAUCAAUGGCUGCUCGACAAGGCCCAACAGCUAUGGCUGCUCAUCAGAUUUGUUUGCAAGUAUGGCUUGCUGUAUCUCUGCUUGCAGACGCUUUAGCAGUUUCUGCCCAGGCUCUGAUUGCAAGCUCUUAUGCAAUACUGGACUACACAAGAGUCCAGAAGGUUGCGAUGUUUGCUCUGCAGAUAGGACUAGCUAGCGGGUUAGCUUUGGCAGUUGGCCUGUAUAUCUCAUUUGGCAGCAUAGCAAAGCUAUUUACCAAUGACCCUCAGAUCCUAGCGGCUGUGAGCUCCUGUGCAUUGUUUGUCUGUGCCAGUCAACCAGUUAAUGCCUUGGCAUUCAUCUUUGAUGGUCUCCAUUAUGGCAUCUCAGAUUUUAACUAUGUCGCUCAAGCUACAAUUGUGGUUGGGGUGAUAUCAUCGUUGGUCUUGUUAUAUGCUCCACAUGUGUUUGGUCUGGCCGGAGUUUGGGCUAGUUUGACAACACUCAUGGGAUUGCGCAUGGCUGCAGGCAUCCUGAGGUUGCUAUGGAAAUCAGAACCUUGGUCAUUUUUGCACGAGGAACCAAAAACCAAGGUUUGUUAAAUAUUAUUAGCUCUUGUCUUUAAUACAACAUUAUUUUUGCAAAAGCUGGACAUGUAUGUAGCUCCUCUUUGGUACAGUACUGGCUUGUUAGAAUGCCAAACUGGGUUUUUUCUUCUUCAUAUCACAUUAUUGUUAUGAUGAUCCGUGGGGGUGUAGUGUGUUUGAAUGGAAUAUUGCAGUUGCGGGCGCAGCCAGUUGCAUCAUAAGAAAAUUCAUGGCGAGCCAGCGCAGGUGAGGUGGUAGAGAGAGCUGCAUGGGCAGAUGCAGUUGAGGAGGAAUGAAGAAGCACAAGCUAAACCAACAAGGGGUCAAGCUGCUAAGCUAAGAGGAUUGUGCGUGUGUGUAUGUAAAGAAGAGGAGGAUUAUUUCAUUUGAUGUUGCCAGCAUGCAGUUUAUUCAUUUAUUUAUUUUGUUCUAGUUAUGACCAUUUCU